UGUCCGGAAAAUGGCAAACAUUGAUAUCAAUCCGCCCAAAAAAAAAAAAAAAAUCGUCCGGUCGAAAGAAGUUUAAUAUUCUAAAACUGUAUUAUUUUGCGGAGGAGAAACGUCUCCUACGGUGUCCGUUUUGUCAUUUAUUACCUCUGAUAAAGCGCCGACCGUACCCAGCCGAGCAGCCACUGCGCAUGAGCGUGGGUCACCUCGCCUCUGAGCCGCGGGAGCGGACAGUACAAAGCUGCUGGUUCUGCUGCAGAUGGGACGUGUUCUGUGCGACCGGGAUAAACUUUAACCCUGUUCGGGUCUGUGGGAAGUUAUUGUGUGACCCAGAAGAUUGACUCAUUGAAGAACUGGAACUCAAAGACGGCUUGUGGAGUUAGCAGGGAAGUGGAGGUGAAUUCAAGUCCAAAGAAGAAGAGCAGCGUGGGAGACACUUGGAAACUUGGCGUCUGUUUGCAGGUUGCAUGGUAAUCUGGACUUGAUGCAUGCCAGUUGCAUGACUGCAGAGGGUCUUGUUGUGGGACUGAGAGCACACAGCGGCAGCCAUGGCUCAAACAGUACACGUAAACGGCAAUGGUCCAGAAAGAGCACAAACAUCCCCGAGCACUGGAGAUGAGAAGGACUCCUACUACGUUGAAACUCCUUACGGUUACCAGUUAGACCUGGAUUUCCUCAAAUAUGUCGACGACAUCGAGAGGGGCAACACCAUCAAGAAGCUGAGUAUCCAGAGGAAACCCAAAGUGGCCAAACCUCUGGCAACACCUCGGAGCACCACUUCCGGGGUCGGCGCUCGGCCUGAAUGGAUCUCCACGGACUCCCUGUCCUCCUCCAACAGCGACGGCAAACAGUCCCCAGUCUUUUUCCCCUCGAGGCACCAGGACGCCGCUCCGUUGACCCUAACCCUCCCCAGGGGGACCAUUGAAGUUCCUGUAGGUCAGUCCUACUUGGUCUUGGCAGAGCAGAAGCAGCUCCUUCCUCCACCUUCACCCAGGUUUGCUCCUCGUCACAACCCCCAAGUGGAAAAGACGCUCAUGGAGACGCGUCGUCGGCUCGAACAGGAGCGUCUGCUCGUGCAAGCCCACAACGAGCCUCUGAUUCCCCGCCGUCGUCUCGCCAGCUUUGGUGGCAUGGGUUCCAGCAGCUCUCUGUCAUCUUACUCAAGUUCAGUCGCCCCAAGCCAGAUCUCCCCCAGCACCCACCAGCCUCUAGCUAUCAACGGCCUGUCUAAUGGAGAAUAUAACCCUUAUUACUCACAGUCCAGAGGCAGCUCCAUUCGCCACAGCCCCAUGAGCUCUGGCGUGGCCACGCCGGUGACCAACGUCAGCCCGUUACACCUGCAGCAGAUCAGAGAGCAGAUGGUUGUGGCCCUCAAGAGGCUGAAAGAGCUGGAGGAGCAGGUGAAAACCAUUCCCAUCCUACAGGUGAAGAUCGCAGUUCUGCAGGAGGAGAAAAGACAACUAGCCGCUCAGACAAAAAACCAAGGUCUCAGUGGCUUCCGCAAGCGUUCCUAUAGUGUGGGCAGUGCUGACCAAAUGGAGAGCUCUGGAUCUAUCCAAAAGGAAACCGAGCUGCACAUCAUAGAGCCAGAGGUCCAGGAGCAGAGCUCCCAGCGGCUGGAGGAGUUCAGGCAUCUGGCUGCUGAGGUCCAAGCCUUGGAGAAGACGACCAAGGAGAAUAACAUUGCUGAAGUUCAGCCUCAAAACCAAGUGCACCAGAAAUCGAUCGGUGUAGUUACAGAUGAAAAUAUGAAGAGUCUUUCCGUCUUCCCGAGCAAACGGCAAAAAGACAGUUGUUUCCAGGACGCGGGAAUGAUGACGGAGCGGCUGGAGAUGCGGAGUGCUGGAGUUCUUGUGACUGAGACCAUGCUGGGCAUGACCAGUGAAGCUGACAAAGAGAUAGAGCUCCAACAGCAAACGAUCGAAGCUUUGAAGGAGAAGAUCUACCGCCUAGAGGUCCAGCUUAAAGAAACUACUCAUAAGAUGGAGAUGGGUAAGCUAAAACUGGAGCUCCAAGCAGCUGGCGGGUCAAACAAGAAGAAGGCGGACAAAGGGCUGAUGGUGAGGCCAGAGAUGUACAACGCAUCUGUAGAGGCCAAAGUCCAGAUGCGCAGCCAGGGAGUAGGUGAACAUCUGGAAUUCAACCAUGCAAGUACAGAUAAAACUCUGCAGACCCACACAGUGGGAGUGUCCUGUCAGGUCGGCACGCAGAGCACUGCCACAGGACCUGACCUCCCGAUGGACCAGUGGGUGGUGCAUCAGCGGGUGGAGAUGAAUGACCAGUGUGUGGGGAGACGGGUAGAGACAUGCCACCAGAAGGUGGGGAUGGAGCUGAGUAUUUGUGAAGCAGGAGUAAACACUGAGGAGUUGGUGGACAAACUGGGCCUCUUCAGAACCAUGACGGAGCCGAACAAACAGUCCAGAUCAGUCGGCUGUGGAGAUUGCUCGGUGGAUGUCAACAUCAGUCCCGUGAAGACGUUUGUGUCGCAAGGAACCGACCCAGAUUUUGUGGGUAAGGUGGACUUCGCUGUUAUGACUGCUCCCGAUUCAGCAUCUCAGCAGACCAGUACUGAUGCAGAAUAUGAGAGCAAGUCCACAAACACAAAAACAGCCGAGGUGACGAACUCCUUCACUGACAUGGAGCUGAGCACCUGUGAUAAGCACACCAACACGGCAGGACCUGAAACAAGGACUGUAGCUGCUGGGGAGGGACUCGUCAAAGAUGUUCUAACAGCAAAGAUGCGUUCAGUCGCGGUUGGAACCACCAGCGAAGUGGGGUCGUUUCCCAGCAAACCAAACCCGACUAAAACCAAAGAAUGUGGGGUGGGCCCAGUUAGCAUCCAUGAUAACUUCUUAAUUGGUUUGAAAACCCGAAACAUUGCAUGUGGUCCUUCGCAGCCUGCUGACUCUGCCGCAAGCAAGGAGGUGAAGACCGAGGCUGUGGCACCGCAGCCACAAGGUGGCGUCGGACUGGAUCAUUACAUAGAGAGGGUUCAGAAGCUGCUGCAGGAGCAACAGAUGCUGCUAGCAGAGAACUACAGUGAGCUGGCGGAUGCUUUUGGCCAGCCCCAGACCCAGUUCGGAUCCAUCAACAGUCAACUGGUCAGCACGCUGUCGUCCAUCAACUCGGUGAUGAAGUACGGGAGCGCGGAGAACAUCCUGAAGCUUCACUCGGACUCCAGCAGAGAGAGCUCUCUGCAGCUCAGGUUGCCAGAUGUUGGGACAGAAACCACAGAUCAUCCUGAAAACACUCCUGCACAGCAGCAUCAGAUCAGCGCAGCAGAGCAGAAGAGCCGCAUGGAUAAGCAGAUGUCUACAGCACUGCAUGGUCAGCCAUGCAGCCAGAACACCCUGAAAUCCAUCAUGAAGAAGAAAGAUGGCCGAGCCGGUGCCAAUGGCACCAAGAAGAACCUUCAGUUUGUUGGCGUAAACGGAGGAUAUGAAACUACGUCAAGUGACGAGUCCAGCUCUGAGGACAGCAGCUCUUCUGGAUCGGAGGAAGAGGAGGAGGAGGAUGAGGAGAAGGAGUAUGGAGCAAAGGAAGAUGAGUUCCAGAAAGAUGGAGUAAGGAGAAUCGGGGAGGAGUUUCAAAAUGAGGGAGCUGAGGAUGUGGACAAGAAGGAUGAAGAGGAAGGUUCAGAGAAUGAGAAGAGGGAGAGGUAUGAGCUGAGUGAGAAGAUGCUGGCUGCCUGUGAUGUUCUCAAAACUCACCUCAGCGACUCCAAGGCUGUGAGCAGCAAAGAUCUGAGAGCCGUUCUGAACACGGUGCAACACGAGUGGUUCCGAGCGUCCAGUCAGAAGGCGGCGGUUGCGGGAAUGGUGGAGGACUACCUGCGGGCCUUCGAAGCCGUCUCACCAGACGUGCUGCGCCACAUCGUCAACAUGGCCGACGGCAACGGCAACACGGCGCUGCACUACAGCGUGUCUCAUUCCAACUUCCAGGUGGUCAAGAAGCUGCUAGAUGCAGAUGUGUGCAACGUGAACCAGCAGAACAAGGCCGGAUACACGCCAAUCAUGCUCGCUGCGCUGGCCGCCGUGGAGACGCCGAAGGACAUGUGCAUCGUGGAGGAGCUCUUCAGCAAGGGAGACGUGAACGCUCGGGCCAGUCAGGCCGGUCAGACGGGGCUGAUGUUGGCCGUCAGUCAUGGCAGGAUGGACAUGGUUCGGGCCCUGCUGGCCCACGGAGCCGACGUCAACGUCCAGGACGACGAGGGCUCCACGGCGCUGAUGUGCGCCAGCGAACACGGCCACGUUGAGAUCGUCAAACUGCUGCUGGGCCAACCGGGCUGCGACGCCACGCUCAGCGACGGAGAUGGGAGUAACGCUCUGUCCAUCGCUCUGGAAGCAGGACACAAAGACAUCGCCGUGUUGCUUUAUGCACACGUCAAUUUCUCCAAAGCCCAGUCGCCUGUAAGUUGCAGCUUCUGCAGGGAACGCCUCGACUCGGCAGGAAAACCUCACCAAGUCCGACUCAGAGGGGAAUGUUUGAUUAGAUGCUCCCACCUGGUCCCACAAGCGCUGCGCUGCUAUUGGUUCUGGCAGAACGAAGCCUCCUCCCUUAAUCCUGACAAGCAACCAAUGAGAUUCCUGGAUUUCUUUUUUUAUUUAUGUAUCUAGUUUUCCACCACGAUGAGCCCAAAGUGCCCUUUGAAUAUGAAUGUAACCAUCAGGUGCCUCAGAGCCAGCAGAUUGUGCCUGAAAUGUCUCCCAUUUAUCACCACCUUCUUUUCCGCAUCAUUUUGCAUCCAUUUUUCUUCUUCUCAAAGCUCAGAUAAUCAUUCAGAUCCAUCUCUCCAUAUGUGAGUAAAAAUAGUUCCUGUAUAUAGAGUUCAUGCCAGUCCCAAAUAACCCCCCAAAAACUAAUUAAUUGUACUUUUAUAAAGGUCCUCUGUAUCUAUUUAAAAAGAACUUCCUAUUACUCCUCAGCAAUCCAUGAAGUUAAAUAUUUAUCAGAGUAUAGUUUUUAAUGCACAUAUGUAUUUCAUUGUACAUACAGUGGUCGUAGUCUAGUUGUUCAGUGUCUCUGUCAUGUGUAAAAUAAACUCUGGUGUUCAAGGUGCUGACUUUCAUCUUCACAUGAGAAUCGAGGUGCCUGAAACGUUGCCUUUAACCACAAGUAUCGAUUAAAGAGUUAAAAUCUG